CACACAAACUCACAUAAAUACCUUCCCCCGGACUACGUUUCCUACAACUACAACUACCUCUUGGACUUAACUACCUUUUGGAUUUCAUCCCUGGGUCCGCUCUGCGCCAUGGCUUCAGCCAAGAUUUUUUCCCUCGAAGGCAAGGGCCUCAAGCUCGAUACCGCUGAGGACAUCGAGCCGCAUAUCAAAGCGCUGCGGGAGAACGAUGAUGUGGAAGAGGUCAGAUUCUUAGGAAACACGCUUGGCAUAGGCGCCUCGGAAGCUCUCGCGAAGGUGCUGCAUACGAAGAAGAAGUUGCAGAUCGUCAAUUUCGCCGACAUCUUCACCUCCCGCCUCCUCUCCGAGAUCCCCCCCGCCCUAUCCUCCCUCCUAACCGCCCUCCUCGCCCUGCCCGACCUCCACACCAUUAACCUCUCCGACAAUGCUUUCGGCCUCAACACCCAAGCGCCCCUCGUCACCUUCCUCGCCUCCCACGUGCCCCUGCGCCACCUCAUUCUCAACAACAACGGCCUCGGGCCCGCCGCUGGCGUGCUGAUCGCCGACGCCCUGACCGUCCUCGCAGGAAAGAAAGCCGCGGCUCGCGCUUCUGGCAAGAAAGUUCCAGAUCUUGAGACUGUGAUUUGCGGCCGCAAUCGGCUGGAGAAUGGCAGUAUGGCGGCUUGGGCGAAGGCGUAUGCGGCACAUACGGGUGUGAGGGAGAUCAAGAUGGUGCAGAAUGGGAUCCGACAAGAGGGAAUCGCGCAUCUAUUAAAAGAGGGCUUGUCGCAGACUACGGCGUUGCGGGUGCUGGAUUUGCAGGAUAACACCUUCACAGCACUUGGUGCGCGGGCCUUGAGUGAUGUGGUGGGUCGCUGGCCGGAGCUGGUGGAGUUGGGAGUGGGAGAUUGCUUGCUUUCCCCACGAGGUGGUGUCAUGUUGGCGACGGCACUGGAGAAGGGCGGAAACCAGAAGCUGGAGGUUUUGAGGUUGCAGUAUAACGAUAUCAAUGCUCAGGGUGUCAAAGGCAUUGCGGGCGCGGUGGAGAAGCUGCCGGUGCUAAGACGUGUGGAGCUGAACGGGAACAAGUUCAGCGAAGAGGAAGAGGCGAUUGACGCUUUGCGGGAGGCGCUUGGUGCGAGGAAGGAGAAAGCCGGAGUCGAGGACGAGGAUGACGAAAACUGGGGUCUCGAUGAGUUGGACGAGCUCGACAGUGAAGAUGAAAAUGAAGAAGACGAGGAGGGCGUUGCGAGUGAUCAGGAAGAAGAGGGUGUUGAGGUUGAGGAGAGGGCUGCUCGGGAGGUGGCAGAUACGCAGAAGGCGGAGGAGGAGCCUGUGGCUCAGCAGAAGGAUAAGAAGGUGGACGAGUUGGCAGACCUGUUGGGUAAGACCGAGAUCAAAUAGGCCGCUAACUCGGUGUCUCGAAGAAGGCUGCUACCCCUGGCUUGUAUGUGUUUGACUGCUUUGGAGCGUUGGUAAGCGGUACAUAGCGAGUAAAUACCUUGGC